AUGGCGGCGGCGCCAGCGGCGGCUGGGUCUAGGACCGGCCGAGGGCGACGGGCAACGGCAGCGGCCUGGGGCGGAUGGGGCGGCCGGCCGCGGCCUGUAAAUAUGCUGCUGCAACUGCGGCAGGGCCAGCUAACUGGCCGGGGCCUGGUUCGGGCCGUGCAGUUCACUGAAACUUUUUUGAUGGAGAGGGACAAACAAUGUAAAUGGAGUGGAAUUCCUCAGCUGCUCCUUAAACUGUAUGCAUCCAGCCACCUCCACAGUGACUUCGUUGAAUGCCAAAACAUCCUCAAGGAAAUUUCUCCUCUUCUUUCCAUGGAAGCUAUGGCAUUUGUUACUGAAGAGAGGAAACUUACUCAAGAAACCACAUAUCCAAACACUUAUAUUUUUGACUUGUUUGGAGGUGUUGAUGUAAGUAGAUUAUUACUACUACUGUUACUACUACCAUAUAAUGGUUUGAGAACUAAACUUUUGAAAGUAAGUGAUGAAAUGUCCAAGGACUGCUUGAGCAUCCUGUAUAAUACCUGUGUCUGUACGGAAGGAGUUACAAAGCGCCUUGCAGAGAAAAAUGACUUUGUGAUUUUCCUGUUUACACUUAUGACAAGUAAGAAGACAUUCUUACAAACAGCAACCCUCAUUGAAGAUAUUUUGGGCGUUAAAAAGGAAAUGAUUCGACUAGAUGAAGUCCCCAAUCUGAGUUCCUUAGUAUCCAAUUUCGAUCAGCAGCAGCUUGCUAAUUUCUGCCGGAUUCUAGCUGUCACCAUUUCGGAGAUGGAUACAGGGAAUGAUGACAAACACACGCUUCUUGCCAAAAAUGCCCAGCAGAAGAAAAGCUUGAGCUUGGGGCCUUCUGCAGCCGAAAUCAACCAAGCGGCCCUUCUCAGCAUCCCUGGCUUUGUUGAACGGCUCUGCAAGCUGGCGACACGAAAGGUGUCAGAGUCAACAGGCACAGCUAGCUUCCUUCAAGAGUUAGAGGAGUGGUACACAUGGCUAGACAAUGCUUUAGUACUGGAUGCCCUGAUGCGAGUGGCCAACGAGGAAUCUGAGCACAGUCAAGCCUCCAUUGUGUUCCCUCCUCCAGGGGCUUCUGAGGAGAAUGGCCUGCCUCACACUUCAACUAGGACCCAGCUGCCCCAGUCAAUGAAGAUCAUGCACGAGAUCAUGUACAAACUGGAAGUGCUCUAUGUCCUCUGCGUGCUGCUGAUGGGGCGUCAGCGAAACCAGGUUCACAGAAUGAUUGCAGAAUUCAAGCUGAUACCAGGGCUCAAUAAUUUGUUUGACAAGCUGAUUUGGAGGAAGCAUUCUGCAUCUGCCCUUGUCCUCCAUGGUCACAACCAGAACUGUGACUGUAGCCCGGACAUCACCUUGAAGAUACAGUUCUUGAGGCUUCUCCAGAGUUUCAGUGACCACCAUGAGAACAAGUACCUGCUGCUCAACAACCAAGAGCUGAAUGAGCUCAGUGCCAUCUCUCUCAAGGCCAACAUCCCUGAGGUGGAAGCAGUCCUCAACACUGACAGGAGUUUGGUUUGUGAUGGGAAGAGGGGCUUAUUAACGCGUCUGCUGCAGGUCAUGAAGAAGGAGCCAGCAGAGUCGUCUUUUAGGUUUUGGCAAGCUCGGGCUGUGGAGAGUUUCCUCCGAGGGACCACCUCCUAUGCAGACCAGAUGUUCCUGCUGAAGCGAGGCCUUCUGGAGCACAUCCUGUACUGCAUUGUGGACAGCGAGUGCAAGUCAAGGGAUGUGCUUCAGAGUUACUUUGACCUCCUGGGGGAGCUGAUGAAAUUCAACUUGGAUGCAUUCAAGAGAUUCAAUAAGUACAUCAACACUGAUGCAAAGUUCCAGGUGUUCCUGAAGCAGAUCAACAGCUCACUGGUCGACUCCAACAUGCUGGUGCGCUGCGUCACUCUGUCACUGGACCGAUUCGAAAACCAAGUGGACAUGAAAGUGGCCGAGGUCCUGUCCGAGUGCCGCCUGCUUGCCUACAUAUCCCAGGUGCCUACCCAGAUGUCCUUCCUCUUCCGCCUCAUCAACAUCAUCCAUGUGCAGACACUGACUCAGGAGAACGUCAGCUGCCUUAACACCAGCCUAGUGAUCCUGAUGCUGGCCCGACGCAAAGACCGGUUGCCUUUAUACCUGAGGCUGCUACAGCGGAUGGAGCACAGCAAGAAGUACCCAGGCUUCCUGCUCAACAACUUCCACAACCUGCUGCGCUUCUGGCAGCAGCAUUACCUACACAAGGACAAGGACAGUACCUGCCUGGAGAACAGCUCCUGCAUCAGCUUCUCGUACUGGAAGGAGACAGUGUCCAUCCUGUUGAACCCAGAUCGCCAGUCACCCUCUGCCCUUGUCAGCUACAUUGAGGAGCCCUACAUGGACAUAGACAGGGACUUUGCUGAGGAGUGA